CUAAUGUAUUAGAGGUUGUACACCACCAGUUUUAUAUUUGGACUAUACGUUCAUUCUUUUUGAAUGACGGUUUUUUGGAUGUCUUCUGUUAAUCCUAUUUGUAUUUGCUCACACUGAAUCAUUUGUGAAUAACCUAUCUGGUUAAUAAAUCAAUCCAACUAAACUGAACUAAGCAGUAGCUGAAUUAAUUUAUUCAUAAAUAAAUGCAUGGAUGCAAUUUAUGUUAAUAGAUUUACUGCAUUAACUAGUAAUAUAGUAGAAUGCUUACAUCCUUAUUUACUUCUUGACAAUACCCUAGUUUGACAGUAAACACCGGGUGACAUGUAUGACGUUCUCUCAAGUUAGUCCAUGUUUUCAAUGUUCACCUUUACCCUUUACCUUAAGUGCAUCAUUAGUACCAAGUUGCAUUUUUUUGUCUCAUGUCUCUCUUUACCAUGUGUAGGGGGAAUUUGAUAUACUUUAUCGGUACUCGACGAUCAAGUCAUACUCUAAAACUGUCCAUAUGCUUAUGAAUCUACCACAUUCUUCAAAAUUCUCUAACUGUCUUGGAAAUAAUUUAUAUUUUAGAUUUAGAUGACCAAUACUUGGAGUACUCUUUGUUUAUCAAAGUUCUCUAAACAACUUAAUGUUCUUAAAAAGCCAUCUUUACCUGUGACCAAUCGCAUAAGUUUAAUUAACAUAUAUUAUGUUUUGUCACCUGGAGGCGUUCUUUCCACUCCUGUUUCUGCUGUUUAUCAAAAAUUGAUAAAAAAUGUCCAAGAUAUAAUUAUGCCAAAUACUGCUUUGCUGUAUCCUCUUCCGAGAAAGCAAUUUUCGGCUGAAUUAUGGGUUACCUCUGGAAAGUUGCUAGUGGUUCUUGAAUCUUCGUUAUUUAGUGAGCAUGUACCUCACUUAUCAGACUUUCAAAAGGACCUCACAACUAUCACUGAAUACAUUGCCAAAGGUGGACGUGUUUUAUUAUUUUUAAAUACAAACGGUCUGAAUAAUUUCCCUUCAAAUAGUCUUGCUCAUUAUGCUUUAUUUUCAAAUCACUCUGAUAGUCUUUUGAAAAAUAAUAAUUCAUAUUGGAAAUGGAUGUAUAAAAAUUCAAUUCUGAUUGGUCGAUAUGAUCAUCUGGACAGUGAGAAUGAAGUUGAAAAUAACCAACCAUCAAUUGCUGUUCUCAGUAUUGAUUGUUUGGAAACUGGAACAACACAUUUGGAAAAAGCUUUAAACCUUCUUGGAAUACCAUGUGUUAAUCUGGAGAACAAUACACAUCAUCAACUACUACUAUCCGAUACCUUAUCUUCAGUUCAUUUAUCUAAUUGGGAAACUUUAUAUUGUUACACACCAGACUCUGAGAGAAAGAAGACUGUUGAUUUUAUCAUAAAAGAAUGUUCAACGAAAGAAUGCACAAAAGAGAUUUCUUAUUGUUCUACUCUAUCUGAUCUUCCAUUAGGCUUUAAAUGGACAGAUUAUUUUGCAAAUCUUCAUACGGAACAUUUAGGUAAAUUAAUUAUUUGGUCUAAUUCAAUGGAAUCUAGUUGGGAUUUCUGUCAUCAAUUCUUUGAACAAAUCCAUCCAAAUUCUGGUCUAUUGGUAUGUUCAGAUAUUCAAACUAAAGGGAAAGGUCGAGGAGAGAAUAAAUGGAUUAGUCCCGUUGGUCAAGCUGCAUUUACAUUCCAUGUAACAUUAUCCACUUGUAAUAGCCAAAUGUUUAUGAAUGGUGUUAGCUGUAUACAGCAUAUUGUUGCGCUGAGUAUAGUUUUGGGUUGUAGGCAUUUAAUUGCAGAACAUUUGAACAUCAUUACGAGUGGAACUGAUUUUUCUGAUAUCAGUGAAGAAUUUCUUGUUGAUCUUCAAUAUCAUGGACCUAAAAUCCUUGUUAAAUGGCCAAACGAUGUUUACGUUGUCGAUGAUCAUAAUACUAAUAAUAAUAAUAAUUGUGGAAAUGAUCAACUUACCACCAAUUUAACGCUUUUGCAACAAAAUAUUAUUGGAAAAUUAGCUGGUGUAUUAGUUCAUUGUCGUUCAAUCAAUUCAAACCACGUGGAAUUAUUGAUUGGCUGUGGUAUUAAUGCAUUCAAUGAAUUACCAACAAUAUGCUUAGAACAAGUAUUAAUCAAAUCACAUCCGAGUCAUAUGAAACCGACAUUUUCAAUUGGCAAGUUAAUUUCACUUGUCAUAAGUUACAUGGAACGAAUAAUCAUGAAAAUUUAUAGUGCCAAUUCAAAUUACAAUCUUGAAUGGGCACUUGAUUUAUACACGAAAUGCUGGAUUCAUACUAAUCAACUCGUACAACUUAAUAAUAACAAUUCAAUGUUCAAUGAAAAUAACACUGAAUCAACUGAUCAACCAGAGUCAAUUAGUAGUAGUACUAUGAAUACUUAUCGAAUUAUUGGUUUAGACAAGUAUGGUUAUCUACUAGUAGAAGAUAUUGAUACUGGAAUUCAGCAUAAAUUACAUCCCGAUGGUAAUUCCAUGGAUAUGAUGAGUGGUUUAAUUAUUGCUAAAUGAGGAAAAGAUGACAUUGCGAAUAAAACAAUUCAAUCCAAUCACAUGAUCGACUAGCCACUACCACGUGUCGCUUUACUGUCUAGUCAUUUUUAUAUACUCAUAUUUUUUAAUUUGAAUAUUAUUUGUUGAGUAAAGCUUGAUGGACGACAAUCUAAGUGAAGACAAUACUUUUUCUUUGUUUAUAUGUUCUUUUGUACGUUUCUUUUGCUUAAUAGUAUUAUAUUUUUGUAAUAUAUUUGAAGCAACAAAGAUAGAU